AUGGUUGGAAUGUUACACCGGCUUCUUCAGCAUGUCCUUCGAUCUCGUUACACAAGAGGCAGAAAGUCCGGGCGCCUCUCGUAUGGUUUAUACAAGGCUAUGGCCGCAGUGUACCAAUGGAUCAAUACUCAUUUCAUCAUUGCGUUUCCCUUGAAGAGGAAAAUCCUCUGGUUUGACUUGCCGACACGAAUUGAUGCCAUCCUUGUUGUAGGAUAUUGGAUACUAAGCAUUAUGCUUAUGAGUAUUACUUAUUAUCUCUCCAAUGACAACAUCUACUGGCCAGACCCAUCACGACAACUCCUUCGGUACAUUGCAGAUAGAACUGGCAUUAUGUCAUUUGCCAACUUGUUCUUAAUCUUAAUAUUCGCUGGAAGAAAUAACAUUUUAAUAUGGUCCACCGGCUGGAGCUUCGCCAAGUUCAACAUUUUUCAUCGCCAUGUCGCAUGGAUUGCGACUCUACAGGCUGUGAUUCACACUCUUGCGUAUCUGACGUUAUUCGUGCGUGUUGCGUUUAUCUGGGUUUCAGAUAGAUUCUUACGCUUGACUCGUGUGGUGUAUUGCAAUUUACACAUUCGAUUGCGACUAGGAGGAACUCAAACUACACGCAGCACUGCGACCUAUGACCCAGCAUCAAACGUAGUGAGGCUAGAAGUCAUUCCAGGUUCUGUCAUGCAUCAGCCUACUGCAUCUAGCUUCUACUAUCUGUAUCAGCCAUUUCGCUUUCGAGGCUGGGAAAGCCAUCCUUUCACUCUUGGUUCGUGGGAGCAUACCGUUGAAGACCAGAACUCACAUUCAGACACGAUAGCAACGGCGAUAACUGAGAUAGGCAAUGAUGGAAUCGAAAACUCAAAAACACCACUUCUUAAUGCGUCAAUCUCCCAGAGACAUACUGGUAACGAGGAUAGUUAUUCUGAUGCUAAACGUAUCCUCGAGCGGCCUAAGCUAAUUUUUUGGAUUCGUCCUUACAACGGAUGGACUCGCUCUCUCCGAGACCAAUGCCUUGACUCUCCCAACCGCUCAGUUUCGCCUACGAUUCUCCUUGAAGGCCCGUAUGGUGAAUCAUUCUCUCUUGGUGGACACGAGCCCGUGCUUUUGAUUGCAGGUGGAACGGGCAUUGCGUGCGCCGUACCCUAUAUUCGAGAGAAUUUACACCGGUCGAAGAUGAUGAUGUCCAAAAACAAGAAUGAAAACGACGACUCGGAACUACUUACUCACACUAGAAUACACCUCGUGUGGGCCUCGAGAGAGACGGCUUUUGUGCACGAUGUGGCCUCUCGUGAAUUACGAGAUGCUUUGUCACACGAAGAGUUUCACGCUUCAUUUUAUAUUACGGGGAAGCAACAAGAAACCAGCAGCAGUGGCGCCAUCGCUUCUCCUUCAUCAUCAAUCUCUUUCUUUUCAUUUUCUGCUUCCUCUUCGCUUCCAAAUAUCACGAACAACUUACGUGCUCAUGACAGCGAGGAUAAUGAACUUCUAAACCUGCAUCACGGCAGACCAAACAUCCAAGAAUUAGUACUACAACAUGCGCAGGAUGCCAGCGAAGCAAACUACUCUUUACUUGUUGUCGUUUCGGGGCCGAGUGCAAUGGCAGACGAAACGCGCGCUGCUGUAUACUUGGCAAUGCGUAGGGGAUAUCGACGGAUUACGUUUCGAGAGGAUUCAUUCAGUUGGUAG